UUGCACGUAACGCUAUAUUGUCACUGUGGCUGUGAAAUUGAAGUUGACAUUUUGGCUAUUGGUCCUAAAAUUAAAAGGGUGUCGAAAACCGUAAGGUCUUUUCAUAAUCAUUAGUUUUUGUCUGCUAUAAAGUAAUUACAUCCUUGAAGAUGGCCCUAGCCCUACGUAGUAUGUUAAGAAAUGCAGCCAGGAGGAUCCAAGUACGCAGCUACUCAGAUGCCCCAAAAGAAGGAGAAAUGGCUUUUACCUUUGCUGCGGGUAACAAGGUGUUCUACAACAAACAAGCAGUAAAACAGAUUGAUGUGCCAUCAUUCAGUGGUGCUUUUGGUAUCUUGCCAAAGCAUGUCCCUACUUUAGCUGUCCUUCGGCCAGGCGUAGUCACAGUCACUGAAAAUGAUGGCAAACAAAGCAAAAUCUUUGUUUCAUCAGGCACAAUCACUGUAAACGACGAUUCUUCAGUUCAGGUUUUGGCUGAAGAGGCACACCCAUUGGAAAAUUUGGACCGCAGCGCGGCACAAGAAGCUUUGAGCAAAGCCCAGUCGGAAUUCAACUCUGCGUCGAAUGAGCAGGCCAAAGCCGAAGCUGCGAUUGCUGUAGAAGUCGCCGAAGAAAUUGUAAAAGCUGUUUCAGCGUAAAUUUCUUACAGUGGUCUCUAACAUGUUUAGUAAUUAACAACUAUUUAAUGAUACAACCUUUAUUAAAGUUUAUGGCCAUAGCGUA